AUGGAAAACAAAUGGGUUCUUCCUCUAGCCCUAUCCUUGUUUAUAACUGUUCUUAGCUUGGCAGCAGCAGCUAAGCCAGUACUGCCACCAGUCUUCAUAUUUGGUGAUUCAACAGCAGAUGUCGGCACCAAUAACUUCUUGCCGGCUAGCAAGGCAAGAGCUGACUUCCCCCCCAAUGGCAUUGACUUUCCUGGCACCUCAAAACCCACCGGAAGGUUCAGCAAUGGCCUUAACAGUGCUGAUUUUCUUGCCCGGUAUUUUGGUUACAAGAGAAGUCCAAGCCCCUUUCUUUCUCUGAAAACUACUUCUCUUCAAAAGAAGAAGUUUAAUGGUAUCAACUUUGCUUCUGGAGGGUCUGGUCUUCUUGACACAACUGGACAGACAAUGCUGACAUUGAUGAAGUUUGGAACUGGAAAUAUUCCAUUUGGUGCCUCAUUCAAAAACCAGAAAAAAUUUAUCUCAUUAACAGAGCAGAUACAGCAAUUUUCAUCUGUCAAGAACAAUCUUACGGCCUUGAUGGGUUCGGUAGCAACUGAGAAGUUUCUUAAAGAUUCUUUGAUCUUCAUCAGCACCGGCAGCAAUGACCUUUUCGGAUACUACCAUUCAAAGAGUUCCAUUCCGAAGGAAAAGUUCUUGUCCUCUUUAGAAGUAGCUUAUGAGAAUCACUUGAAGACUCUAUACAAUCUUGGAGCAAGGAAGUUUGGCAUCAUCAGCAUUGCCCCGAUUGGCUGCUGCCCAUCUCAGAGGAUUUUCAAUGCUACUGGGGGAUGUUUGGAAGAGCUGAAUGAUAAUGCAAUAGCUUUUCAUUCAAGAUUGGAUGCCCUCUUGUGCAAGCUUAGCUCAGAAUACAAGGGCAUGAAGUACUCACUUGGAAAUUCAUAUGAAAUGACAAUCAAUGUCAUACAGAACCCUCUUCCAUUCAAUUUUACACAAGUGGCAGCUGCAUGUUGUGGAACUGGGAAGCUCAAUGCUGAAAACUUCUGUAAACGAGGUGCAAAUCUCUGUUUGAAUCGCGAUCAAUACUUGUUCUGGGAUCGAUUUCAUCCAACACAGGCUGCUUCUAAGUUGGCUGCUAUUGCCCUCUACAGUGGUGGACCACAAUUUGUAUCCCCAAUUAAUUUUUCUCAGUUGGCCAAGGCUUAG